UUCCUCUGCAGCUACGGCGGCAAGAUCCUCCCCCGCUAUCCUGACGGCAAGCUCCGUUACCACGGUGGCGAAACCCGCGUCCUUGCCGUCCUCCGCUCCAUCUCCUUCUCCGAGCUGUUGAUGAAGAUGGGGGAGUUGUGUGGUGGGUCAUCGGUGACUCUGAGGUGUCAGCUUCCUACCGAAGAUUUGGAUGCGUUGGUCUCGAUCACCUCCAAUGAAGAUCUCGCUAAUCUCAUCGAGGAAUACGAUCGAGUUUCAUCACCGCCGUCCACUCUCAAGAUCAGAGCAUUUCUCUCUCCGCCCAAAUCGGCCAAAAAAAUCUCUCCUCCUCCUUCCACCGCCGCAUCCACCACCAUUCUCGACGCGCCGUCGCCGAGAUCGUUCUACUCCGCCGGUUCAUCUUCCAGACUUUCACAGAUCUCGAAGCCGAUACUCUAUCAUCAUCAUCAUCAUCAUCCUCAUCCUCCCUCUGCUGCUGCAAAAGUUCCUCGUCACCAUGCUUAUCAUGGAAACCCUAGCCAUAUCUACCUCAUUCACAACGGAAACCAUUGGCAAUAAUAGCAAGCUCUCUGGGACUUGAUUGGACAAAAACUUAAUUAUAAGAUUGAAUACUACUUCAAUUACCAAAAUAUAUCGAAGAAGACAAAAAAUCGAGAAACUUCUAUGAUGAUGAUGAUGUAAAAUGGAUGGACUGUAAAUUUUGGGUAAGAAGGAUUGGUUUGUUGUUUGAUCCAUGGCGUGAAAUGAAUGGAAUUUGUCAGUCCAAUUUUCGAUUUGGAUCCUGUUUGUGACGGUGGUGGAAGAGAUUUUGAGCAUCUUAGGAUGACUCCAAGUAAAAGGAGGCCACGCAAAACUUAUACUUUAUUCGAUCAACUACUGCAAGUCUGCAACUGCAAAAGAGAUGUUCUGCCAGACAAUGGUGAUGGGGUGUUUCCAUGCAAAAACAAAUCAAUGGUGAAAGCAAUAAGAUUGGAGGUAUUGGUGGGGGCCAUUUUGGGGUACAAAUCAAUGAAAGCUUUCAUUUACCCGAACUUCUUGUACUAUGGGGGAAUGGUGUCCCAUUGUCAUGGGCUCCAUGACAGUUGUACAUGAAAUUGGACCAAUUAAUUAAAAAAUUAUUUAAAAAAAAUUAAAUUA